CAAUGUUUUAUUGCUCCAAAAUAAUCAUUAAAUAAAUACUUAGACUACUUACGCUGCACGCAAAACAUUGGACUAUCGUAAUAUAACAUCGAUCACACUGACGACAACUGAUACCAACUUAUUUUUGGUACCGUUUGUAGCAGACGCGUCGUUUCAAUGGGAACUGACGGAAGCAGACUCUAAUGACCUUACAAGCAACGAACCCAAAGCACGUUGUGCUCCUUUGAUGAACUGUGCUAAGUUUGUAAUACCUCUAGAAGGAAAUACAAAUAGGUCUAGAACAGUUCGGAACCUACUGUGCUCUUGCCUUAUGCCAGAAGUACUGCAUGUAAUUGACCCGAAGACAAAGAUCAAAUGUGACUGGAAUGGAGCACCACGCGUGUGCCCUUUAAAACUCAACUGCCUCUGCUACAUUGCCAAUGGUAAGAGUGGACACUGUCUGAGGCAAUGCUCACAUGCAACGACGCCAAAGAUCGAUGCGUCCCUUUGAUGAACUGCAGGCAAUUUUCGAAACUUGUGAGAGCAAAUAGAAGUAAGGAGGCAUCGUUUAAGAAGUUAUUGCGCCAGCGUAUUUGUAAGCCGGAAGUGGAAGUACAAAAUACACAUGUAUGCUGUCCGAAGCAACAAAUCGAGUGUGCAUUCAACGGUAACGGCGUGUGCGCUUUGAAAGCCAACUGCCCUCUCCUGCAGUCUAUGGAAGAGGAAAAUAUUCCGCAAGAAAGCCUGUGCUACGUCCGCAAUGGAAAGAGCUAUUACUGCUGUACCGAUCCGUACUGUGUAAUCCAACCGGGGUUGUGCGAUCAGGACCAUACGGAUAAAAUCCUUGUGAGCCCUCCAUCAGCCUUUCCAAAGUGUAUGAUUAAACGUAAGGUUGGCUCGACGGUACCAAAACAGUUGUGUGAUUAUAAUUAUGCGCCAUCUAAUUCAAACGAUCCAGCGGACUUGGUGUGCUGUGGCAAGGAGCAACCGAAUCGAUUGAUAGCCCAUAUUAAGGCGGCAAAGCUAGCGAAAAAGCCAUGCGGUAAGAUCGAUUCGAAUUCGAACAAAGUAUGGAACGGAACGCAUGCUGAGGAAGGGGAAUUCCCUUGGAUGGCGAGUCUGGUUUAUCGUAGGCGCGGAGUAUCCUGCAGUGGAACACUGAUUCACCCAUCAUAUGUGCUAACGGCAUUGCACUGCGUUAAACCUGGCCUGACCAAGGUGCGUCUAGGAUUGCGUGAUCUAAGAAAAGCCGGUCAAUCCACCGAAAUGCAAGAAAUUUCCAUUGCCGAGCGUAUACCUAAUAAAAUGUACGACGUCGCACUCCUACGCCUGACCAAACCGGCCCAGAUCGAUGGUUCUUUGGUACAUCCUAUAUGUCUACCGCUGUACGCUAGCCUUCGGAUGAGCGUUCCCAAAAGGCUCACCAUUGCUGGAUGGGGUUUGACGGAAAACCAGAAAUUAUCACCCAUUUUGCUGAAGGCAGACACGCCCGUUGUUGCAUCAGGGAAUGAAGAAUGCCCGAAAAAGUUUGAAGUAUGCAUCGGUGGCGAAACAGCGCAGAGCAAUCAGUGUCCUGGAGAUUCCGGAGGUCCGUAUCAGGCCUUGGACGUUUUCAACAAUGAACACAUGCGGUACGUCCAGUUCGGUAUCAUCUCUAAUGGUCAAGCUUCAUGUAGAUCAGCACAAAAAUUGAACAAUGGAUUGCUAGUUGGAUACGUUAUUGACUGGAUUUUGGACAAUAUGAUAAUCUAAGACGGUCGCUUGGAAAUGUUGAUUUCCAGUGUUCUAGUAGUUAAAAAAAAAACUCAAAACGACUGUCGUUAUAACUGUAAUCUUGCUGCCAAACAAACAUUAUUAUGGAAU